AUGCAGUCAACAGUGGCAUCAUCGGCCAUAUCUCUCGUGCAUUCUCCCUCGAUGUAUCUCCUCCAUCCUGUAACUCGUUUCCACAAUGCAGUCAGUAUUCGGAUCCAUCAUCGGUCCCAAACAAGAACUUCACAGUCUGAGUGGGCGAGUGGCCGUCAUCACAGGGGGAUCGCAAGGCAUAGGGUGAUUCUACCGAAGCAAGCAGCCCGUACUAAGCCUGCUAAAUCCAUCCACAGGUUCAAUGUCGCACGAGGCUUCCUCAAAGCCAACGCCAGAAAAGUCAUUCUCGUCAGCUACGACGAAGGACGCGGACACAAUGCCGUGCGGAAGCUGAAAGAGGAAUUCGGGCUCGAUUCGCAGGUGGAAUGGCAUCAUUGCGAUUUUGAGAAUCUGAAGAAGACGAGAACCGUUUUCUCGCGGCUUUGUGAGAUGGAGAAGCGGUUGGAUCUGUUGGUUCUAUCCGCCGGGAUCAACGCGGCUCAGUUUAAACUCACCGAGGAAGGACUUGAUCGUCACUUCUCCGUGAACUGGCUGGGUCAAUACUACGUGAUUAACCUGUUAUAUCCGCUGCUGCGCAAGACGGCCUCGCUGCCCGGAGCCCCUGCGGCACGGAUCAUACUGGAGUCAUCCGAGAUGCACCGACUAGCCCCGUCGUCUGUCGCGUUUGGGUCGAUCGAGGAGAUCAAUGACCCGAAGCUGGGGCCGGUGCAACUGUACGCACGGUCGAAACUAGCCAUGAUUCUCGGAGUGAAGUAUGGACUGCACGAGCGGGUGAUCAAGCCGAAUCGGGAUAACGUCUAUGCGAUUGCGCUGCAUCCGGGGGCUGUCAAUACGGCCAUGCUGCGACACUUCCGAGAAGCGUAUGCCAACCUCGCCGGGGAGAUUGUGACUGAUAUCAGUAUCCUGCUGAGCCGGAGCCCCGAGCAGGGUGCCUAUUGCACCUGGUACGCUGCUACCAGCCCGGAAGUCGAGGAGAAGCAGUGGAACGGGGUAUACUUGAACAAUCCGGGCAAACUCGGCAAGGAAAGCUCCCAGGCCAGCGAUGGGGAGCUUGGGGCGCGACUGUGGUCUCUCAGCGAUUGCCUUGUCAGGAAGACCGUUGGCGACGAUGCGCUGAACAGCUGGCAUUCCUAG